GUCCUUCGAGGAAGUGGCGGUGAAUUUUUCUGAGGAGGAAUGGUCUCAGCUGGACACCCAUCAAAAAGCCCUCCAUAGAGAAGUCAUGCAGGAGAAUUCCCAGAAUAUGGCCUCUCUGGGAGCGUAUGACCAGCAGAAUGAGACUUGCGAGAUAACACUCCAGACAACUUGGCCCAUGAGGGAAGCAGAAAAAAUGGCAAUUCAGAAGGAAACAAAAAGUGGCCUAGGAAAUGUAUCAAAAAAUGGAAAUAAGGAAAGCUUAGUUUCCCAGCCUAUUUGGAGUAGAAAUGAUUUUGCUGCUCAGGAAAAUCAAACUGGAAAAAACCCCAAAGAGUGUUUGGAGAACAUAGUGAAAAAAAUCAAGGCGAAAUCAGAUAUAAAGAACCAUUACCAAACUCAUUCUACAGAACAAUAUGGAUACAAGGAGGAUUACAAUGAGACCAUUAUUCUUCCCUUACCUGAAAAGGGCACUAUGGGAGAUAAACCCUACAAGUGCACACAAUGUGGAAAGAAUUUCAGAUGGAAUUGUCUGCUUAUUUCCCACAAAAGGAACCACACAGGUGAGAAACCAUACAAAUGCAUGGAGUGUGGAAAAAGCUUCAACAAGAACUGUUUCCUUAUAUACCAUAAAAGGAUCCAUACGGGAGAGAAGCCCUAUAAAUGCAUGGAGUGUGAAAAGACCUUCAGUCGGAGGAGCUCCCUUACGCUCCAUAAAAAGAUCCAUACAGGAGAAAAACCCUAUAAAUGUACGGAAUGUGGACAGAUGUUUAGAAAGAGGAACCACCUUAUUUCCCAUAAAAGAAUCCAUACCGGGGAGAAACCCUAUAAGUGCAUGGAGUGUGGAGAAAGCUUCCAGGAAAUUAGGUCUCUUACUUCUCAUAAGAGGAUCCACAGCGGAGAGAAACUCUAUAAACGCAUGGAGGAUGACAAAAGCUUUAGUCAAAGCAGUCAAUUGAUCUCCCAUAAAAGGAUUUACUCAGGGGAGAAACCGUAUAUAUGUACAGAGUGUGGAAAGAGCUUCAGUAAGAGGGCUCAUCUUGCUUCCCAUAAAACAAUUCACACAGGGGAGAAACCAUACAAAUGCAUGGAGUGUGGGAAAGGAUUCAGCCAGAAGAGUUACCUUACGUCCCAUAAAAGGAUCCAUACAGGGGAGAAACCCUACAAAUGCACAGAGUGUGAGAAGACCUUCAGUUGGAACUGUAGCCUUAUUUCUCAUAAAAGAACCCACACAGGUGAGAAACCGUACAAAUGCACAGAGUGUGGGAAAAGCUUCAGCAAACACAAUUCCCUUGCAUGCCAUAAAAGGAUCCAUACUGGAGAGAAACCCUAUAAAUGCACGGAGUGUGAAAAGACCUUUAGUCGGAGCAGCAACCUUAUUUCCCACAAAAGGAUCCACACUGGAGAGAAACCCUACAAAUGCAUGGAGUGCGGGAAGAGCUUUAGCGAAAACAGGUCCCUUAAAAUUCAUAUGAGGAUCCAUUCAGGAGAGAAGCCUUAUAAACGCACGGAGUGUGGAAAGACUUUUAGUCAAAGCUCUACACUCAUUUCCGAUAAAAAAAUCCACACAGGGGAGAAACCAUAUCAGGGUAGUGAAUAUGGGAAAAUAUUUGAACAAAGCAACUCACUUAUUUCCCAGCAAAGUAUCCACACUGGAGAAAUUAUGGGAGAUAAACCCUAUAAGUGCACGGAAUGUGGAAAGAAUUUCAGGUGGAAUUGUCGGCUUAUUUCCCACAAAAGGAUCCACACAGGUGAGAAACCUUAUAAGUGCAUGGAAUGUGGAAAGAAUUUCAGGUGUAAUAGUCAGCUUAUUUCCCACAAAAGGAUCCACACAGGUGAGAAACCAUACAAAUGCACAGAAUGUGGAAAGAGAUUCACUGAGAACACUAUCCUUGCAUGCCAUAAAAGGAUCCACACAGCUGAGAAACCCUAUAAGUGCAUGGAAUGCGGAAAGAAUUUCAGGUGGAAUUGUCGGCUUAUUUCCCACAAAAGGGUCCAUACAGGUGAGAAACCAUACAAAUGCACAGAGUGUGGAAAAAGAUUCAGCGAGAACACUUUCCUUACAUGCCAUAAAAGGAUCCAUACAGGAGAGAAACCCUAUAAAUGCUUGGAGUGUGGAAAAUGUUUCCAGGAAAUUAGAUGCCUUACUUCCCAUAAGUGUAUCCACAUGGGAGAGAAUCCCUAUAAAUGCCUGGAGUGUGGAAAGAGCUUCAGUCAGAGAAGUAAUCUCUUUUCUCACAAAACAAUCCACACAGGGGAAAAGCCAUAUAAAUGUCUGGAAUGCGGAAAGACAUUCCGUGAAAAUGGAUCCCUUACUUCCCAUAAAAGGAUCCACACGGGGGAAAAACCAUACAAAUGUCUGGAAUGUGGAAGGACAUUCCGUGAAAAUGGAUCCCUUACUUCCCAUAAAAGGAUCCACACAGGGGAGAAACCCUACAAAUGUAUGGAGUGUGGAAAGAGCUUCGCGAAUAGUAGUAACCUUAAUUCACAUUACAGGAUCCACACAGGAGAAAAGCCAUACCAAUGCAUGGAGUGUGGGAAAUGCUUCAAAUGGAGCCAGUAUCUUAGGUCCCAUAGAAGGAUGCAUGCAGGGGAGAAACCAUACCAAUGCCUGGAGUGUGGGAAGAGCUUUAGUCAAAAAAGCCAUCUUACUUCUCACAAAAGAAUCCACAGUGGGGAAAAACCUUACAAAUGCACGGAGUGUGGAAAGAACUUUUCUCAGAGUAGUCACCUUAAUUAUCAUAGAAGGAUCCACAGCGGGGAGAAGCCUUAUAAAUGCAUGGAGUGUGGUAACACUUUCCGGAGGCGCUGUGACCUUGCUUCCCAUAAAAGGAUCCACACAGGAGAGAAGCCAUAUAAAUGUGUGGAGUGUGGAAAGAGCUUUAGUCAGAAUUGUUCCCUUAGGUCUCAUCAAAAGAUCCAUACAGAAGAGAAAUCAUAUAAAUGCACGGUGUGUGGAAGAAGCUUCCGGUGGAAACAUUCUCUGAUUUCCCAUCAAAGGAUACACACGGGAGAGAAGCCAUAUCAAUGCACGGAGUGCGGGAAGAGCUUCAAUACAAGCAGUAGCCUUUCUACCCACAGAAGAAUUCACUCAAAGGAAAAACAUAAAUGCAUGCAGUGUGGAAUAAGUUUCAGUCAGAGGGCUUGCCUAAUUUCUCAUAAAAGGAGCCAUAAAGGAGAGAAACCGUACAAAUGCGUGGAAUGUGGGAAAGGAUUCCAGAAAAACAGCUCCCUUAUAUCCCAUGAAAGAAUCCACAUAGGAGAGGAAACAUAUGAAUGCAUGGAGUGUGGAAUGAAUUUCCGUGAAACUGGAUCGCUUGUGCAUCAUGAAAAGACGCACAGAGAGGAGAAACCAUAUAAGUGCAUGGAGUGCGGAAAGAGCUUUAACAACAGCACUGCCCUUACUUGUCAUAACAGAACUCACACUGGAGAAAAACCAUUUAAAUGUACGGAGUGUGGAAAGAGGUUCAGUCAAAGUAGCCACCUCAUUUCCCAUAAAAGGACUCAUACAGGGGAAAAACCAUAUAAAUGCACAGAAUGUGGGAAAAGUUUUUCUCAGCUUUCUUCUCACAAAAAAGUCCACAGGAUAGAGAAACCCUAUAAAUGUAUGGAGUGUGGAAAAAGUUUUAAAUGGAAUAGUGUUCUUAUUUGUCAUAAAAGAACUCACACAGGGGAAAAGCCCUAUCAAUGCACCAAAUGUGGGAAAAGCUUCAUUACGAGCAGUAAACUUACUUUCCAUAUGAGGAUCCAUUCGGAAGAGAAACCAUAUAAAUGUACGGAAUGUGGAAAGAGUUUUAGUCAGGGAUGUGACCUAAUUUCCCACGAAAGGACCCACUUAAUCGCAAAACCAUUUAAAUGCAUGGAAUGCGGAAAAUGUUUCCGUUGGAAAAGUGCUCUUCGUUAUCACAAAAGGAGCCACACAGGCGAGAAGCCCUAUAAAUGCAUGGACUGUGGAAAGAGCUUUAUUUUUAGAAGUUAUCUUAGAUUACAUAGAAGGAUCCACACAGGUGAGAAGCCCUAUAAAUGCAUGGACUGUGGAAAGAGCUUCACUUCUAGUUCUUCUCUUACUUCCCACUUAAGGGUCCAUACAGGGGAGAAGCCCUAUAAAUGCAUGGACUGUGGAAAGAGUUUUUCUACAAAAAGUAUUCUUAAUUCCCAUAAAAGGACCCACACAGGGGAGAAGCCCUAUAAAUGCCUGGAGUGUGGAAUGAGCUUCACUUUUAGUAAUUCUCUCACUUUACAUUACCGGAUCCAUACAGGGGAGAAGCCUUAUAAAUGUGUGGAAUGUGGAAAGAGUUUUUCUACCAACGGUAAUCUUACCAUCCAUAAAAAGAUCCACACAGGGAAGAAGCCUUAUAAAUGCAUGGAAUGUGGAAAGAGUUUUUUUACCAAGGGUAAUCUUACCAUCCAUAAAAAGAUCUACUCAGGGGAGAAGCCUCAUAAAUGCAUGGAAUGUGGAAAGAGUUUUUCUACGAAGAGUUAUCUUAACAUCCAUAAAAGGAUCCACACAGGGGAGAAGCCUUCUAAAUGCAUGGAAUGUGGAAAGAGCUUCGCUUCUAAUUAUUCUCUUACUUUGCAUUACCGGAGCCAUACAGGGGAGAAGCCUUAUAAAUGUGUGGAAUGUGGAAAGAGUUUUUCUACGAACAGGUAUCUUAAUAUCCAUAAAAAGAUCCACUCAGGGGAGAAGGCUUAUAAAUGCAUGGAAUGUGGAAAGAGCUUUGCUUCUAAUUAUUCUCUUACUUUGCAUUACCGGAGCCAUACAGGGGAGAAGCCUUAUAAAUGUGUGGAAUGUGGAAAGAGUUUUUCUAUGAACAAGUAUCUUACCACCCAUAAAAGAAUCCACACAAGGGAGAAGCCCUAUAAAUGCAUUGAAUGUGGAAAGACCUUCGCUUCUAAUUAUUCUCUUACUUUGCAUUACCGGAGCCAUACAGGAGAGAAGCCUUAUAAAUGUGUGGAAUGUGGAAAGAGUUUUUCUAUGAACAGGUAUCUUACCACCCAUAAAAGAAUCCACACAAGGGAGAAGCCCUAUAAAUGCAUGGAAUGUGGAAAGAGUUUUAUUUUGAACAGUUAUCUUAACUACCAUAAAAGGACCCACACAGUGUAGAAGCUCUGUAAGUCUGUGAAAUAAGAAAA